UGGUAACAGGGUGAUCAGGAGAGAGUGAGUGAGUGAGAGUUUGACAGAGAGCAGUGUGUGAUUUCAGAUCUUCUACCAGGUGAAUCUCUCACCCAGGGAGGUAGCACACUGUGACAGCGGUAUAAACCAGACUCUGACAGAGAAUUGGAAGAAAGUCAUGUAUCUACCCAGGCCAGAGAACCAGCCGUAAAAGACAAAAGGCGGUCUCCCCCUUCGGACAGGCCUCCCACCUCCCCCCACGCCAACCCUCACCACAGUGCCUCCCCAGAGGACCAGGAGAGCCCGGAGAGAGUGGUUCAGAAAGAGAAACUGCAUGCAGAGCUGAAACAGGUGCUGAGUCUGAAGAGAAGUCACCUGAAAGAGUCGUUUCGUUUGGCCCAAGCGGAGAUGGAUUCUUCAACAGAUGCCCAAGCAGUGGAGGAGACUGCAUCUGAGGAGGUAGAGGUUGUGGUAGAGACAGAGGCUGAGGCUGGAGCCAGUGGCUACAGUGUCACAGGUGGAGGGGAGCGAGGCCUCUUCAUUAAGGACGUCCUUAAAGACUCCACUGCAGCAAAGCAUCUUAGCCUCCAGCAAGGAGAUCAGUUGCUCAGUGCAAGAGUCUACUUUGACAAUGUGAAGUAUGAGGAUGCCCUGAAGAUCUUGCAGUGUGCAGAGCCUUAUAAAGUCUCCUUUUUCCUGAAGAGGACCAUCGCUGGCGCUGAUGUCACCAUGCACCCUGGCACCACCAGCUUGGAACUGAAAGGACCCAAAACCAAGAUGCAGAAAAUGAGUGUCAAGAGCAUCAAACCUUUCAAAGCGAAGAAAAAGAGGGGAGGACGUUUUGGAUUGAAAAGGCUGAAGGAAAACAAGAAAGGGAGCACUGGAGCAGAGUUGGAGAUGGAGGGAUCGCCUUCCAAAGUGGAGCUCAACCCCGUCGACGUGGAGUUUGCCUUCCCCAAGUUCAAGCUGAGGAAGGAUGGGAAGGCAGAGGGAACUGAGCAGCAUGGAGGAGUGGUCGCCACUGGCAGGAAGAAGAGGAUGAUAAGGUGUCCCAGGAUAAACGCAAAGGGUGCUGAGGUGGCUACAGGAGAAGUUGACAUGACGCAACCAGAGGGACAGGCUGACGUCUCCCUGCCAGAUGUGCCUGGAGCUAAGGUCAAAGUCAAAGGAAAGGGCCACAGGUUCGGAAUUCAUUUCCCUAAAACAAAAAAGACAACAUCGGACACUGCCUUGUCUGAAGGGUCUCUGGAGCUGAAACCUCCAGAUGUCAAAUUCACACCACCCUCAGUGGAAUUCAGUUCGCCAUCUGGAAACAAGGAAGUCAACUUACAGAAACCAGAAGUGAAAGUCAAGAAGGGGUCAAAGUUUAUGCACCGAGAGGUAGAGCUUUCACUAGGACUCCCCUCAGCCCGACCCUCUGAUGAAAUUGAUGGUGAGAUAAAAGCAAAAGGUUUAGCUGAAGGAGUUGAAGGGUCAACAGGCCUGUCUGGCAUUAAAAUGCCAGCUAUUGACAUCUCUGCACCCAACAUCGAUCUGCAGCUGGACACCCGGAGUAGAGUGCCAGACGAGAUAGAGGGACCCUUUUUUAAAGGGCCAAAUAUAUCCAUGCCAAAAACUGACAUCUCCCUACCAAAGAUUGGAUCAUCUGAUAUGGAUAUUGAAGGUCCAGAAAAGGGUGGAAAAAUGAGCCUACCAGCAGUUGACAUUUCACUGCCAAAGAUGACAUCAGGAGAAGCAAAUGUUGAUGUGGAAGGACACAUUGGAAAGGGAGGCAAGUUCAAAAUGCCAACUUUCGAUGUUUCUCUUCCAAAAUUCAAGUCUUCAGAGGAGGACAUGAAUAUAGAGGGGCCUGAAGUCAAAGGAGAGUUCAACAUGCCAAAAGUUGACCUUUUACGCCCGAAAGGUAAAGUGGGAGGUGAGGUGGACAUUGAAGGAUAUUUAGGAAAAGGAGGUACAUUUCAGAUGCCCACAUUUGACAAUUCUCUACCAAAAAUGAAGUCAUCAGACAGAGAAAUUAAUGUAGAAAGACCUGAAGUGAAGGGUGGCAAAAUUCAAAUGCCCUAUGCUGACAUAUCUCUCCCUGAAGGAAAAACAGAGGGGAAAAUGAACAUUGAGGGACAUUCUGGAAAAGGAGGCAAGUUCAAAAUGCCCUCGUGUGACGUUUCUCUUUCUAAAAUGUUGGGCAAUGCUAGUUUAGAGGGACCUGAAUUGAAAGGGGGAAAGUUAGAAAUGCCCACACUUGAUAUUUCCCUUGCCAGAGGAAAAGCAGAGGGUGAAGUCAAUAUUGAUUCAAAUGUAGGAAAAGAAGGAAUGCUCAAAACACCCACAAUUGACAUUCCUCCUCCAAAAAUGAGGUCGUCAGGAACAGAAGUCGAUGUAAAAGGGCCUGAUGUAAAAGGAGGAAAGUUCUACAUGCCACAAGUAGACAUUUCACUUCCCAAAGGAAAAAGCGAAAUUGACAUUGAGGGAAAGUCUGAAAAAAGAGGGAAGAUUCAAAUGUCCUCAUUUGAUGUCUCACUUCCAAAAAUAAAGUCAGCAGAGGGUGACAUGAAAAUAGAAGGAUCUGAUGUGAAAGGCAUCACAUUUCAUAUGCCCACUAUAGAUUGUUCACUUCCAACAGGAAAAACAGAAGUUGACAUCAGCGUUGAAGGAGAAGCAUCUAAAGGCGGAAAGUUUCACAUGCCUUCGCUUGAUAUUUCUCCUCCGACAGUGAAGUUCCCAGAGGGUAAAGCGAAAGUAAAAGGCCCUGAAAUCAAAGGGGGAAAGGUCGAGAUAACAAAUUUCGAUGUGUCCCUUCCAAAAGGCAAAACAGCGGGAGAAGUUCAUGUUGAAGGCCAUGUCAGUAAAGGGGGAAAGUUUAAGAUGCCCAAAUUUGGCAUUUCUUUCCCGAAAUUUAAGUCACCAGAGGGUAAGGUUAACACAGAGGGACCUGAAGUCAAAGGAGGGAAGUUUCACAUGCCUAAAAUUGACAUUUCAGUACCAAAAGUAAAAGCGGAAGGUGACAUCAAAGUUGAAGGAGAUUCUGACAUUUCCCUUCCAAAAAUGAAGUCACCAGAAGCAGAUAUCCUUUUAGAAGGACCAGACCUCAAAGGAGGAAAGUUUCAGAUGCCAACAAUUGACCUUUCCCUUCCAAAAGGAAAGGGAGAAAUUGACACUGAAGAACAUUCUGGAAAAGGAGGCAAGUUCCAAAUGCCAGCAUUUGAUAUAUCACUUCCAAAAAUGAAGACACCAGAUGGUGAAGUCAGCCUAGAAGGCCCUGAAGUCAAAGGGGGGAACAUUAAUAUGCCAACGAUGAACAUUUCUCUUCCAAAAGGAAAAAUGGAAGGAGAAGCUAAGGAACAUGCAAUCAAAGGGGACAAGUUUCACAUGCCCUCGGUUGACAUUUCUCUUCCAAAAAUGAAGUUGCCUGAAGGUGAAGUCAAAGUAGAAGGCCCCGAAGCCAAAGGGGGAAAGAUUGAAAUGCCAUCGACUGAUAUUUCACUUCCCAAAGGAAAAAUGGAGGGAGAAAUUGACAUUGAAGAACAUUCUGGAAAAGGAGGACGAUUUCAUAUGCCUACAUUCAACGUUUCCCUUCCAAAAAGGAAGUCACUAGAAGAAUAUGUCAGUUUAGAAGGACCGAGUGUCAAAGGAGGGAAGUUUCAUAAGCCCACAAUGGACUAUUCCCUUCCCGAGGGAAAGGGUGAGAUUGAAACUGAAGGACAUUCUGGAAAAGGAGGCAAGUUCCAAAUGACCAAGUUUGAUGUAUCGCUACCAAAAAUGAAGCUCCCAGAGGGGGACAUCAAACUAGAGGGACCGGAAGGCAAAGGCAGUAAAAUACAUAUGCCUAACAUUGAUAUUUCUCUUCCUGAAGGGAAAACUGAAAGAGAUAUUCAGGUUGAGGGGCAUGGUGGCAAAGGGGGGAAGUUUCACAUGCCCUCAAUUGACAUUUCCCUUCCAAAAAUGAAGUUGCCUGAAGGUGAAGUCAAAGUAGAAGGUCCAAAAGCCAAAGGGGGAAAGAUUGAAAUGCCAAAGAUUGAUAUUUCACUUCCAAAAGGAAAAACAGAAGGGGAAAUAGACAUUGAUGGACAUUCUGAGAAAAAAGGAAAGUUUCACUUGCCCACAUUCGACAUGUCCUUACCAAAAAUGAAGUCAAAAGAUGGUGACAUUAAAUUAGAGGGUCCAGAAGUGAAAGGCAGUAAAAUACAUAUGCCUAAUAUUGACAUUUCUCUUCCAAAGGUGAAGGCAGAAAGUGAUAUUGAGGUUGAGGGGCAUGGUGGUAAAGGGAGAACGUUUCACAUGCCCUCACUUGACAUUUCUCUUCCAAAAAUGAAGUUACCUGGGGGUGAAGUCAAAGUAGAAGGCCCCGAAGCCAAAGGUGGAAAGUUUGAAAUUCCAACAAUUGAUAUUUCACUUCCAAAAGGAAAAGCAGAGGGAGAAACUGACAUAGAAGGACAUUCUGGAAAAGGAGGAAAGUUUCAUACGCCCAAGUUUGAUGUAUCGCUACCAAAAAUGAAGCUCCCAGAGGGGGACAUCAAACUAGAAGGACCGGAAGGCAAAGGCAGUAAAAUACAUAUGCCUAACAUUGAUAUUUCUCUUCCUGAAGGGAAAACUGAAAGAGAUAUUGAGGUUGAGGGGCAUGGUGGCAAAGGGGGGAAGUUUCACAUGCCCUCAAUUGACAUUUCCCUUCCAAAAAUGAAGUUGCCUGAGGGUGAAGUCAAAGUAGAAAGUCCAAAAGCCAAAGGGGGAAAGAUUGAAAUGCCAUCGACUGAUAUUUUACCACCCAAAGGAAAAAUGGAGGGGGAAAUUGACAUUGAAGGACAUUCUGGUAAAGGAGGACGAUUUCAUAUGCCAACAUUCAACGUUUCCCUUCCAAAAAUAAAGUCACCAGAACCAGAUGUCAGUUUCGAAAGACCAGACCUCAAAGGAGAAAAGUUUCAUAUGCCAAAAAUGGACUUUUCCCUUCCCAAGGGAAAGGGUGAGAUUGACACUGAAGGACAUUCUGGAAUAGGAGGCAAGUUCCAAAUGCCAGCAUUGGAUAUAUCACUUCCAAAAAUGAAGACACCAGAAGCGGAAGUCAGCCUAGAAGGCCCUGAGGUGAAAGGUGGAAAGUUUGAAAUGCCAAAGAUUGAUAUUUCACUUCCCAAAGGAAAAACAGAAGGGGAAAUAGACAUUGAUGGACAUUCUGAGAAAAAAGGAAAGUUUCACUUGCCCACAUUCGACAUGUCCUUACCAAAAAUGAAGUCAAAAGAUGGUGACAUUAAAUUAGAGGGUCCAGAAGUGAAAGGCAGUAAAAUACAUAUGCCUAAUAUUGACAUUUCUCUUCCAAAGGUGAAGGCAGAAAGUGAUAUUGAGGUUGAGGGGCAUGGUGGUAAAGGGAGAACGUUUCACAUGCCCUCACUUGACAUUUCUCUUCCAAAAAUGAAGUUACCUGGGGGUGAAGUCAAAGUAGAAGGCCCUGAAGCCAAAGGUGGAAAGUUUGAAAUUCCAACAAUUGAUAUUUCACUUCCAAAAGGAAAAGCAGAGGGAGAAACUGACAUAGAAGGACAUUCUGGAAAAGGAGGAAAGUUUCAUACGCCCAAGUUUGAUGUAUCGCUACCAAAAAUGAAGCUCCCAGAGGGGGACAUCAAACUAGAAGGACCGGAAGGCAAAGGCAGUAAAAUACAUAUGCCUAACAUUGAUAUUUCUCUUCCUGAAGGGAAAACUGAAAGAGAUAUUCAGGUUGAGGGGCAUGGUGGCAAAGGGGGGAAGUUUCACAUGCCCUCAAUUGACAUUUCCCUUCCAAAAAUGAAGUUGCCUGAAGGUGAAGUCAAAGUAGAAGGUCCAAAAGCCAGAGGGGGAAAGAUUGAAAUGCCAAAGAUUGAUAUUUCACUUCCAAAAGGAAAAACAGAAGGGGAAAUAGACAUUGAUGGACAUUCUGAGAAAAAAGGAAAGUUUCACAUGCCCAAGUUUGAUGUGUCACUACCAAAGAUGAAGCACCCAGAGGGGGAUGUCAAAGAAGGCCUUGAAGUCAAAGGUGGGAAGUUUGAAAUGCCCAAAAUUGAAGCAGAGCGUAGGAGUGGAGUCAAGUUACCAACUGUUAAACUGCCAACGGUAGACAUAUCUGCACCGAAGGUUGACUUAGACUUUGGGCUGUCAAAAGCUAAAGGAGAUGAUAGGGAAGAGAUGGAGCUACUAAAAGCAGAGGGUGGUAGGCCAUCCUCUGGGUCAAGUUUUGACAUGCCAGAUGUCUCUCUCAAAAUGCCAAGAUUUUCUCUCCCUAAAUUUGGUAGAAAGUCUAGUGGAAAUGUAAACCUAGAAGGCUAUGGCACAGAGGACAAUAUUGAUAUUAGCCCCCCACGAGUGGAUGGUGAGGGCAGACCAGCAUCAGUGGAAAUAGGCGGAGAUGGAAAAAUAAAAGGUAAACUAAGGAAGCCCAAAAUGAAAAUGCCAACUUUUGGAAUAUCUAAGAAAGAUGUAUCAAUAGCCAGCCCUGAUGUGGAAAUCAAGACAGAAAAGGGGAAAGUUGACAUUCCAACGCCAGGGAUCAGUGUAGAAAAUCCAGCAGACAAAACAAAUAGAAAAUAUAGACUAAAAUUCCCAAAGUUUAAGAAGUCAUCUCCUAAAGGUAAACUACCAGAGGGAGAGAUAGAUGCCUCAUUGGAUAGUGGAAUGGAAGGGAAAGCUGGCUUUCAUGCACCUGAUGUUACAAUCAAAAUGCCCAAGUUCUCCAUGCCAGGGUUUGGCUCAAAGGAGACAGACUUUGACAGGAGUGGGCCCAGUGCUGAACUAGAAGCUAAAGGAAAGGUCAAAAUGCCAUCAGUGGAGAUAUCCUUGCCAGCUGCCAAGACAUCUGAGCAAGAAAUGUUAAUCCCAGAUGUAUCUGAGGCUGACAUCAGUGGUUAUGAAGGAAACCUGAAAAUCCCUAAAAUGCCAACUAUUGAUGUAUCAGCCCCCCAUAUUGAUCUAGAUGUAACUCUGCCUAAAGUCAAGCAUGAAACAAACAUUGACGGGGAGGGAGGCAAAUUUAAAAUGGCAAACAUCAAAAUGCCUGAUAUAGAUGUAUCACGUCCUAUAGGAAAAACUGGUGACAUUGAUGCAUCCAAAGUGAAACUUGAGGGAGGGGGUGGAAAAUUCAAGAUGCCUGGCAUUAAAAUGCCAAAGGUAGACAUAUCACUUCCAAAAGUAAAACAUGGAGAAAUUGAUGUAUCCACGGUUGAAAUUGAAGGAGAAUGUGGAAAAUUCAAGAAGCCACAUAUGGAAAUGCCAAAUUUUGAUAUAUCACUUCCCAAAGGAAAAAAUGGAGGGAUUGAAGGGCCAAAGAUGGAAAAUGAAGGAGGGGGCGGAAAUUUCAAAAUGCCACAUGUGAAAAUGCCAAAGGUAGACUUCUCACUUCCGAAGGGAAACCAUGGAGACAUCAGUGCACCAGAAAUGGAAGGAGAAGGUGGAAAAUUCAAGAUGCCAUAUAUGAAAAUGCCAAAUAUUGAUAUAUCACUUCCGAAAGGAAAAAUUGGAGACAUUGAAGGACCACAAAUGAAAAUUGAAGGAGGGGAUGGGAAAUGUAAGAUACCACAUAUGCAAAUGCCAAAUGUAGACAUAUCACUUCCAAAAGGAAAAAGUGGAGAUGUUAAUGCACCUGUAUUGGACAUUGAAGGAGAAGGUGGAAAAUUCAAGAUGCCACAUAUGAAAAUGCCAAAUAUUGCUAUAUCACUUCCCAAAGGAAGAAGUGGAGGGAUUGAAGGACCAGACAUGGAAAUUCCGGGAGGGGGGGGGAAAUUGAAGAUGCCACAUAUGAAAAUACCAAAGGUAGACUUAUCAAUUCCGAAGGAAAAGUCUGGAGACAUCAGUGCACCAGAAAUUGAAAUGGAAGGAGAAGGAGGAACAUUCAAGAUGAAAAUGCCAAAUAUUGAUAUAUCACUUCCAAAAGGAAAAACUGGAGACUUUGAAGGACCAGAAAUGGAAAUUCAUGGAGAGGGAAGAAAAUUCAAGAUGCCACAAAUUCAAAUGCCAAAGGUAGACUUAUCACUUCUGAAGGGAAAGUCUGGAGACAUCAGUGCACCAGAAAUGGAAAUGGAAGGACGAAAAUUCAAGAUGCCACAUAUGAAAAUGCCAAAUGUUGAUAUAUCACUUCCCAAAGGAAAAAGUAUAGAAAUUGAAGGACCAGGGAUGGAAAUUGAAGGAGGGGGUGGAAGAUUUAAGAUGCCACAUAUGAAAAUGCCAAACAUUGAUAUAUCACUUCCCAAAGGAAAAGGUGGAGAAAUUGAAGGACCAGAGAUGGACAUUGAAGGAGAGGGUGGGAAAUUCAAGAUGCCACAUAUGACAACACCAAAUAUUGGUAUAUCACUUCCAAAAGGAAAAACUGGAGACAUUGAAGGAUCAGAAAUGGAAAUUCAUGGAGAGGGAGGAAAAUUCACGAUGCCACAUAUGAAAAUGCCAAAUAUUGGUAUAUCACUUCCAAAAGGAAAAACGGGUGUUGUUCAUGAACCUAAUUUGGAAAUUGAGGGAAAUGGAGGAAAAUUCAAGAUGCCACAUAUGAAAAUGCCAAAGGUAGACUUAUCACUUACGAAGGGAAAGUCUGGAGACAUCAGUGCACCAGAAAUGGAAAUGGAAGGACGAAAAUUCAAGAUGCCACAUAUGAAAAUGCCAAAUGUUGAUAUAUCACUUCCCAAAGGAAAAAGUGUAGAAAUUGAAGGACCAGGGAUGGAAAUUGAAGGAGGGGGUGGAAGAUUUAAGAUGCCACAUAUGAAAAUGCCAAACAUUGAUAUAUCACUUCCCAAAGGAAAAGGUGGAGAAAUUGAAGGACCAGAGAUGGACAUUGAAGGAGAGGGUGGGAAAUUCAAGAUGCCACAUAUGACAACACCAAAUAUUGGUAUAUCACUUCCAAAAGGAAAAACGGGUGUUGUUCAUGAACCUAAUUUGGAAAUUGAGGGAGAUGGAGGAAAAUUCAAGAUGCCACAUAUGAAAAUGCUAAAGGUAGACUUAUCACUUACAAAGGGAAAGUCUGGAGAAAUCAGUGCACCAGAAAUGGAAAUGGAAGGAGGUGGAAAAUUUAAGAUGCCACAUAUGAAAAUGCCAAAUGUUGAUAUAUCACUUCCAAAAGGAAAAAGUGUAGAAAUUGAAGGACCAGGGAUGGAAAUUGAAGGAGGGGGUGGAAGAUUUAAGAUGCCACAUAUGAAAAUGCCAAAUGUUGAUAUAUCACUUCCAAAAGGAAAAUCUGGGGAAAUUAGUGCACCAGAAAUGGAAAUGGAAGGAGGAGGAAAAUUCAAGAUACCAUAUAUGAAAAUACCAAAAAUUGAUAUAUCACUUCCCAAAGGAAAAGGUGGAGAAAUUGAAGGACCAGAAAUGGAAAUUCGUGGAGAGGGAGGAAAAUUCAAGAUGCCACAUAUGACAACACCAAAUAUUGGUAUAUCACUUCCAAAAGGAAAAACUGGAGACUUUGAAGGACCAGAAAUGGAAAUUCAUGGAGAGAGAGGAAAAUUCAAGAUGCCACAAAUUCAAAUGCCAAAGGUAGACUUAUCACUUCUGAAGGGAAAGUCUGGAGACAUCAGUGCACCAGAAAUGGAAAUGGAAGGACGAAAAUUCAAGAUGCCACAUAUGAAAAUGCCAAACAUUGAUAAAUCACUUCCUAAAGGAAAAACUGGAGACAUUGAAGGAUCAGAAAUGGAAAUUCAUGGAGAGGGAGGAAAAUUCACAAUGCCACAUAUUAAAAUGCCAAAUAUUGGUAUAUCACUUCCAAAAGGAAAAACUGGUGUUGUUCAUGAACCUAAUUUGGAAAUUGAGGGAGAUGGAGGAAAAUUCAAGAUGCCACAUAUGAAAAUGCCAAACAUUGAUAUAUCACUUCCUAAAGGACAAGGUGGAGAAAUUGAAGGACCAGAGAUGGACAUUGAAGGAGAGGAUGGGAAAUUCAAGAUGCCACAUAUGACAACACCAAAUAUUGGUAUAUCACUUCCAAAAGGAAAAACUGGAGACAUUGAAGGAUCAGAAAUGGAAAUUCAUGGAGAGGGAGGAAAAUUCACGAUGCCACAUAUGAAAAUGCCAAAUAUUGGUAUAUCACUUCCAAAAGGAAAAACGGGUGUUGUUCAUGAACCUAAUUUGGAAAUUGAGGGAAAUGGAGGAAAAUUCAAGAUGCCACAUAUGAAAAUGCCAAAGGUAGACUUAUCACUUACGAAGGGAAAGUCUGGAGACAUCAGUGCACCAGAAAUGGAAAUGGAAGGACGAAAAUUCAAGAUGCCACAUAUGAAAAUGCCAAAUGUUGAUAUAUCACUUCCCAAAGGAAAAAGUGUAGAAAUUGAAGGACCAGGGAUGGAAAUUGAAGGAGGGGGUGGAAGAUUUAAGAUGCCACAUAUGAAAAUGCCAAACAUUGAUAUAUCACUUCCCAAAGGAAAAGGUGGAGAAAUUGAAGGACCAGAGAUGGACAUUGAAGGAGAGGGUGGGAAAUUCAAGAUGCCACAUAUGACAACACCAAAUAUAGGUAUAUCACUUCCAAAAGGAAAAACUGGAGACAUUGAAGGAUCAGAAAUGGAAAUUCAUGGAGAGGGAGGAAAAUUCACAAUGCCACAUAUGAAAAUGCCAAAGGUAGACUUAUCACUUACGAAGGGAAAGUCUGGAGAAAUCAGUACACCAGAAAUGGAAAUGGAAGGAGGUGGAAAAUUCAAGAUACCAUAUAUGAAAAUGCCAAACAUUGAUGUAUCACUUCCCAAAGGAAAAACUGGAGAGAUUAAAGCACCAGAGAUGGAAAUUCAGGCAGAGGGAGGAAAAUUCAAAAUGCCAAAGGUAGAUAUAUCCCUUCCGAAAGGAACGUUUGGAGAAAUUAGAGCACCAGAAAUGGAAGUCGAAGGAGGAAAAUUCGAGAUGCCACAUGUGAAAAUGCCAAAGGUAGACAUAUCACUUCCAAAAGGAAAAAGUGUAGAUGUUAAUGCACCUGAAUUGGAAAUUGAAGGUGAGGGUGGAAGAUAUAAGAUGCCAGAAAUCAAACUGCCAAAUAUUGGUAUUACAUUGCCAAAGGGAAAAUCUGCUGACAUUGAUGCUGAAAUCAAACAGCCCAACGCUGAGGCAGCAGCAAAGAUUCAAAUGCCUUCGAUUGGCUUACCAAAGUUUACAACUCCCGACCUUGAUUUGGACAUGAAUGUUGGAAACCCCAACCAUGGAGCCGAGGUUCAUGAGAAGAGUUCAGACAAAACUGGUUCCCAUUCAAAGGGAGACCAUAAGAUGAAAAUCAAAAUGCCAACAAUAGACAUAGAGUGCCCAAAAGGAGAUCUGGAGCUGGAUAUAGGCUUCCACAAAGUUGCGGGAAAGAAAGACAGAAAAAUAAUAGAGUUGCCUGACUUAGACCAUAAAACUUCUGGUACCAAAGUUAAGGGGCCAAAAGUCAAAGGCACCAAAUUCAAAAUUGGAAUGGAAAAAAUGAAGAACACUGGAGAUCAAGCAUUAGAUGCAGCCACAAAGAAGACUGAGAAAGAGAAUGAAGGGGUCAGUGGUAGAUUUAUGAUUAAGAGGACAAAGCUUGGCAAAGGUGCAGAUGCGGAGGCAGAUGCGGAGGCGGAUGUGGAGGCAGAUGCGGAGGCAGGUGGUUCUGUGUUGCCAAACAUCUUCCUCCCAGAUGUGGGCUUCUCAGUAUCCAAAGGAGCCAGCCAAGAGGGCGAACCUCAUGGUCCAGAGAUUAGUGCCAAAUUGCCAAAAUUUAAACUCCCUCAUGUGGAGAUCUCAGGUCCUUCAGUAGCAGGCCAAGGAGGAGCACAGAUCAACAGCGGACAACAAGAAGACAAAGGUGGUAUCAAGUUUCAAAUACCUGUGGGGCUGAAGAGUAAACAAGGCCCUGCCGAGUCCACUGGCACAGAUGCCAGCACCGAGAAUGGAUUCACAUUACCUCAUCUUGGAAUCAAAUCCCCCAAAAUACCAGAUACAGACUUUGAUAUUGGAGCAUCUCAAACUGGGGACCAUGGGGCAGAUACAAGUACGAGACAAAAAAUGAAAAUACCCAAGUUCGGGGUGGCUUUACCUGCUAUUUCUUCACUUGGAGCCAGAGUACAUUUGAAGGACCCAGAGGUUGAGUAUGAAGGCCCUAAAAUGCCCAAAGUUAAAAAGGCUGUAUUUGUUUUGGUGAAUCCCCAAACAGACCACUCCACUAUGUCCACUAUGUCCACCAGUGUCGAGUCUGGAGAGGCAAACAUCAAAAUGCCAAAGAUCAAAAUGAAGCCAUCGUUUGGAAAGUCAGGAUCCAAGGAAAACAGUGCUGCUUUGAGCAUUGACGGAGAUGUGGAUGGAGAUGACAAGUCAAAGGGAGCAAUGCUAAAAAUGCCCAAAGUCACCUUCUCUCCGGGCAAAACAAGUUCAUUUGAUGUAACCCUAAAAGGUGAGGGGUCUAGUUCCAGCCUCAAUGGUGAGAAAGAUCCAACAUUCCAGAAUGAAUCCAAGGAGGAUAAAGUUAAGUUAGGGAAGCUCAAGCUUCCAAAGAUAGAGUUCUCCUCGCCAUAUUCAAUAAUAGGCAGUGGAGAAGAGGACCUUGAAAUGAGUGCUAAGCUUGUCAAUGAGUCCUCAGGAACUGACGGAGAAACCAAGGGGACGAAAGUGAAUUUAGGCAAAAUGUCCUUCCCGGGAUUUAAGAAGAAGACAGCAAAAGGAGAGGAGGAAACUCAAGACAAUGUGGUGUCCUCAUCGGCCAGGACAGAAAUGCUAGAUCGGGAUAGUUCAGAAUCCCAAACGCCCAUGGUCUCCAUUGGUUUUGUACCAGGGAAGUCUAGGGGGCAGGCAAUGGCUGAGAGCAGCAAAAAGGAGAUGGAAGAAGGAGAGCAGUCAACCUGGUUCAAGGCCCCCAAAUUCAACCUGAAACCCCACUCGACAGGAAUCCUCCACAUUACACCAGAAGGUUCUCCCCAGGGUAGCAGAUCCUCGCUCCAGUGCCAGGGUUUAGAUGAAACUGCUGGUACCUUCCGGCUCCAGAUGCCAAGCAUGCAGUUCUCCACCCACGAGGUGUCUGAGGAGAAUGUUACUACAACAAAGAAGGGAACAGUAACCGUGGUGACAAAGACAACAAAACAUACGGUAACAGAGUCCAGAACUGGUCAAACCCACACAUCGCUAUCCCAUUGUAAUGACUAAAGUCCGAAGAGAUGUGAGAGUAAUAUAUUUUUCCUCUGCCCUGUUGUGACGACUGUUUUUGUGAUUGUUCCGCCACGUUUUUUUCCCCUUCUAUUUUAGUCUUUAUCAUAUUUGAUGGUUUUACUGGUUUAAAUCUGAAUUUCAAUUAAUUAUGUAUUGUUGUUCAUAUAUUUUUGGGGGGCAAAAAUACCACACAUUUUAAUUUCCAAAAGGAAAUGUCUUUUUUCAAUUGCCUUCCCACUUGAUUUACCGACAUUUACCUGGGCAUGAUUGUAGAAUUAGACUGACAAAGAACACAAACCAAUUUAUCAAAAGCAAUUUGUAUGUAAAUACAAAAACAUGUCAUUAUUUUCAUAUUACCGAUGAUACGAAUAGUAACAAGGACAUUAGUGAUUUGUGUUCAUGUAUCUGAGGCUUGAGGAUGGUGUGAGAUUUGUGGUUUAAUUAUUUACUUUCUUAAGAUUGUUUUUUCUUUCUGAUAUAUUAAGAUUUUUGUAAUUAUACCA